CACCCCGGAAAAUCCCCCAUCACAUCAGCAGUCCAUCACAUCACCGAGCUCACCACCGCCGGCAGCCCACCCACCGAGUUGACCCCCCACAAAACCCCAGCUCGAGCACCGGCAACCAUGGCCCUCCUCGCCACGACCCCACUCCUCGCGCCCCUCGCCUUCUCCCCGGCCCCGAUCUCCGCCUCCCAGAGCUCCCUCCUCUUCCUGCGCGCGCCCGCCCCGGCCCUCCUCUCGCUCCGCUCCGCCUCCCCCGGCGCCCGCCUCCUCGCGGCCGUCGCGUCCAAGGAGCCCGAGCUCGGCGGCGGCGGAUCGGAAGGCGGAGACGGUGCGGGAUCUGGGGGCGGAGGCGGCGGGGGAAGCGACCCGCAGGGGGGCGGGGACGAGGAGGAGGAGGAGAAGAUGGGGGACGGGCUCUCCAUGUCGCAGAAGCUCACCCUCGCCUACGCUGCGCUCGUCGGAGCUGGUGGAGUAAUGGGCUACAUGAAGAGCGGAAGCCAGAAAUCGCUGGCUGCAGGAGGCAUAUCGGCCCUGGUGCUGUUCUUCGUUCACACUCAACUACCAGUGAGACCAGUCUUUGCGUCGGCGAUCGGGUUAGGCAUAUCGGCUGCACUGCUGUCAGUCAUGGGAUCUCGCUUCAAGAAGUCUGGAAAGAUAUUCCCAGCAGGCGUCGUGUCCCUUCUUUCCUUGGUCAUGGUCGGCGGCUACGCCCAUGGGAUUAUGCGUAGCUCGCAUGUGUGAUGCAAUCAUUGUAGUUAUCGUAUGCACUUCCAGACUUAGACAUGCGAGGUCUUUUUUAUUUUCCGUGUUUCGAAGAAGUUGCCUGCAUAUCUUCCGUGUUUCCGGACAUUUUGGGACUGACUGACUGUCGUGUUACAUUCCCGUUGAGCUCUAGUGAAGUAUGUAUGGGCAGAUGGACAGGAAACCAAUAAUUUUGAGAAGAUCGUGUGUGAA